CACGUGAGAAUGGGGACCGUGGAUAAAGCACGCGAGAAAAAAAGCCCCACGGGAUUCCCCCAAAGCGGGAGCCGAGAUCGGUGCUCAAAUCUGAAUUCAGUCAUCGGUCCCUCAGGUGAUCCGAGGUGAUUUUUAAAGCGGGGUGGGAGGGGGAAACCCCGAACAGCUGGCAUGGGUGACCCCAGCGGUGGCUCUGGUGUUUAGGUCCGAGGCGCUAUGCCAGGGAAACGCACUGCAAAGAGGAGCCCGGUGUCAGAGGAAGAGUCUUCUGGAAGGAAGAGAAUUAAAGUCUGCCACCCGUCCCACCACACGCAGCCUGGCCUGGUGCUCACUCUGGGGCAGGGAGAUGUCGGCCAGCUGGGCCUGGGGGAGGACGUGAUGGAGAGGAAGAAGCCAGCCCUGGUGCCACUGCCAGAGAUGAUGGUGCAGGUGGAAGCUGGAGGGAUGCACACGGUGUGCCUCAGCCAGACAGGAAAAAUCUACACCUUUGGCUGCAACGAUGAAGGUGCCCUCGGGCGCGACACCUCGGCAGAAGGGUCGGAGACCACGCCAGGGCUGGUGGAGCUUCAGGAAAAGGUGGUGCAGGUCUCUGCGGGGGACAGUCACACAGCUGCGUUGACAGACGACGGCAGGGUUUUUGUCUGGGGCUCUUUCCGGGAUAACAACGGGGUGAUUGGCUUGCUGGAGCCCAUGAAGACGAGCUCUGUCCCUGUGCUGCUCCAGCUCAGCGCACCCGUUGUUAAAAUUGUCUCAGGGAACGACCACUUAGUGAUGCUGACGAUGGACGGUGACCUCUUCACGUGUGGCUGUGGCGAGCAGGGCCAGCUGGGGAGAGUGCCGGCGCUUUUUGCCAACCGAGGAGGAAGGAAGGGGCUGCAGCGCCUGCUGGUUCCCCAGCGUGUCCCUGUCAGAGGCAAAGGCAACAGAGGCAAAAUGCGCUUCCAGGACGCCUUUUGUGGGGCUUACUUCACUUUUGCUGUCACACAGGAGGGACACAUCUAUGGAUUCGGCCUCUCCAACUACCACCAGCUGGGGACCCAGGGCACCGAGCCCUGCUUCUCCCCACAGAACCUGACGUGCUUCAAGAACUCCACCAAGUCCUGGGUCGGGUUCUCUGGCGGGCAGCACCACACCGUGUGCGUCGACUCAGAGGGUAAAGCCUACAGCCUGGGCAGGGCAGAGUACGGCCGGCUGGGCCUCGGGGCAGGGGCGGAGGAGAAGAGCACACCCACAGUCAUCCCGGAGCUGCCCAACAUCUCUUCUGUCGCGUGCGGCGCGUCGGUCGGCUACGCCGUCAGCAGUGACGGACGAGCGUUUGCCUGGGGCAUGGGCACCAACUACCAGCUGGGCACAGGGGAAGAGGAUGACGUCUGGAGCCCCGUGGAGAUGACGGGGAAGCAACUGGAAAACCGCACGGUCCUGGCCGUGUCCAGCGGCGGGCAGCACACGGCGCUGCUGGUCAGGGACAAGGAGCAGAGCUGAUGAAGCGACACCGCGUAGCCGAGCCCAGCGGGAUCACAGGACCCCCGCACACCCCCCCCCCACCUUCCACCCGUGGCGGGUGACCGGUCUCCAGCUCUGGUCUCCUACCGACAGCAGUGGGGAGGGCAGGAGGCUCCCGGAGCCAGGCCCCGGUGGCAUGGAUGUGGCUGGAGCAGGACUCUUCAGGGACACUGGUGGUUUUUUUUCUCCCUGCAAGUGUGUGUCUGUCUUCCCGUGGUGCCUGGUGCUCUAUUAGCUCCCCCGGGUUGGCUUGGUCCUAGACUGAUCUCAGUACCGUGGCUGGAUGGGUUUUCCACUUCUUCUUUGAUUAUUUUUGAUUUUUUCUGGCCCGGCAAAGCUGAGGGCCUUGUUCAUGAUGCAAAAGUCUUUCUGAGGUCCCUGUGUUCCCCAUCUCUGGGCACUGCUCCAUCCCCUGAACCUAAACAUCUUUUACCUCUUGGUAAAUUACCAAGGUUUGCUCUUGUUUUACUCUUAAUUGGGCUUGGAUUUCUCUGCUGCCACCAACCAAACCCCUCUGGGCUCCUUCUGGGGGAGCUCUCUCCUCUCACCCCCAGCACUUAUGGCUGGGAGCCUGUGCAGGGGAACGCUGCUGGACGAUGCCCGGCCUGUGCCACACACAGAGCUGUGGCUGCUGGAACAGGGCUCCGGCCUCCCACCCGUCACCACUUACAGAUCUGAGCCAAAAUCCUCCAGGCAGCGGCACCGGGAGCAGGUUCCCCCACCCUCCUGUCCGGAGCAGCUGCUUCCAGCGUUGCUUUUUGCAGUCCCAGCCACUCUUGUUCUUUCCUGUUGCCUUUGGAAACCCAACAAAAUCCAUCCCACGGGUGGGGACUUUGUUAUUUGAAUUUUUUCCUCUUUCAUUUGUUGAGGAAGGAGCUUCAUUUGCUGUUAGGGCCUCACUGAGAAGACAACCAAUACCCAGCUAUGCAUCAAAUCGCUCGAAACAGUGGGACUCCCUCAGUGUCUCCGGUCUUGGUCCAACUGCUCUGGCUCCCCGUGCCCGGCCUGCCCCAUUUUCUCUUCCCGUGCUGCCUUCUGGGUGCCUGGACUGAGAAGGGGGGUCUGUGAAGGUUCAAUUUUAUAUGUUAAGUUACAGCAAUAGAGGGAAGGGGGUGUGUGUGUGCAGGGCGGGGUGCUGGGACUUGUACAAUGGCUCAGAAUAGAUUAAAUUUUUUUAAAAGAAAAUGUAAAGUAUUUUGGUUGAUUGAGGAAGAGAGGGGAAAAAAUGUAAUCUUUUAACGUUUGGAAUAAACUGAGUUUUGAUAAA